UCUAUAAACUCUCUCUAACCAUUUCUCUCAGGAGCCUGCCAGUUUUUUCUGUGGUCCCUCACCACCUCCCUCCCUCCCUCCCUCCCUCCAUAUAUAUAUAUAUUUUGAAGAAUAAGAGACGCCAAAACCUGAGAAGAAAUGGCGACGAUUAACAAUAUGUCGACCAUGUGCAGGGAUCAUCGAAUUUUGUCUUCGUCGAGUAAAUUGAGUGAUGUGUUUAUGUUGGAAUCAAGGCUUAGAAAGAGAUGCUUCUUUGAAAAUUCCAACUUUACAGUUAGAUCCAUGAAAGUCAGGGAGCAGAACCAGACGGCAAACCUGGUCUCUUCUAACGGUCCUUUAACUGCCUCUGACAAGGUGAACUCUCCUUUAGAGCUUCUGACCAACAACCAAACUUUGGUAAAGGAAAAGACAGAUUCAAUCUCUCGAAGGAAGACAAAAAUAGUUUGUACAAUUGGUCCUUCCACAAGCUCACGUGAAAUGAUAUGGAAACUGGCUGAAGCUGGAAUGAACGUGGCCCGCUUAAAUAUGUCGCAUGGAGACCACGCUUCCCACAAGAUAACUAUUGAUCUUGUUAAAGAGUAUAAUGCACAAUCUGAUGACAACGUCAUUGCCAUAAUGCUAGACACCAAGGGUCCUGAGGUUAGAAGUGGAGAUGUGCCUCAACCAAUUAUUCUUGAGGAGGGAAAAGAAUUUAAUUUCACCAUCAAAAGAGGAGUCAGCUCUGAAGACACUGUUAGUGUAAACUACGAUGACUUCAUAAAUGAUGUGGAGGUUGGGGACAUGAUACUGGUGGAUGGUGGAAUGAUGUCAUUGGCUGUGAAAUCAAAGACAAAUGAUCUAGUUAAAUGUGUGGUGGUUGAUGGUGGAGAACUAAAAUCAAGGCGCCAUUUAAACGUGCGUGGGAAAAGUGCAACUCUGCCUUCAAUUACAGACAAAGACUGGGAAGAUAUCAAAUUUGGGGUGGAUAACCAAGUUGAUUUUUAUGCCGUCUCCUUCGUGAAGGAUGCGGAAGUGGUUCAUGAGCUAAAAGAUUAUCUCAAAAGCUGCAGUGCUGAAAUUCAUGUGAUUGUAAAAAUUGAAAGUGCUGACUCCAUACCAAAUCUUCAUUCAAUAAUUUCCGCAUCUGACGGGGCAAUGGUUGCUCGUGGAGACCUUGGUGCUGAACUUCCAAUAGAGGAAGUCCCUUUAUUGCAGGAAGACAUCAUUAGAAGGUGUCACAGUAUGCAGAAACCAGUUAUUGUAGCGACAAACAUGCUGGAAAGCAUGAUUGGUCAUCCUACACCAACAAGGGCCGAGGUUUCAGAUAUAGCAAUUGCAGUACGUGAAGGUGCUGAUGCAGUCAUGCUUUCAGGGGAAACUGCCCAUGGAAAGCCUUCCACCAUCAUAGGAUAUAUGGUCUUACCACUCAGUUGAUUUGGCUUUCACCUUCAGUGU